AUGGAUUUCAUAUACGGGUCCGAGUUUGGAUUUCUCGAUGGUUAUGCGAUCAAACCGCAAAAAACGUUUGUGGUGAACACGAGUGAGUUGUAUAAUUUUUCACACUUCGUUUCAACCCUGUGUUGGGACGAACAAAUAGAGAAAACGCGACGCAGACAGAAAAAACCCCGAAAAAUUUUUAAAAAUGAGAAUUCAUAGACCAUCGCUUCAGGACCCAACAGUUGGCUGAUUGCCAGCCUUAUUAAAUUUCGCGGUAUUUUCAGUUUCGCGGGUUUUUCUUUCGCACUCUGCACGCUCUCUCUGUCUCUAUUUGUUCGCCCUGAAACGAAGUGUUCACAACAAAGCAGAAAAAUUUUCGAUUUUGCUGAGAAAAAAAAAAACGAUUUUUUUCCAACCCCCUCAAAUUUCCAGUAAAAAUGUUGCUUUUCAGAUGCUCCACUUCAUACAAAUGGCUACGAAGUUCCACCAUCAGGCGGUGUCGCCGUAUUUCCGGAUAAUCAAUUCUACGCUGAUCGCCUGAUUUUCUGGCGUACCAGUGGUCAAAAACUCUAUCUCGAAGAGCGCAGUCUUCUCUACACUAUUUCCGAUGGAGCUCUUUGUAUCGAUUUUUCACGCACACCGAUUUUGCCAGGAACUUCGAUUACGAUUUUAGACGAUCUGAUGGUUUUGUCGAUUGUUGUACCGACAGCUUCGACAAUUCAUCGAUUUCAUGCUAGAUUGAGUGCGCCGAAAGAGCGUGAUGUAGGUGGAAAGAUAAUAGAUUUUUGAACUGAAAAUGGGGAAGUGGCAGAAUUUCUCACCCAACAAUAAUUUUGUCUAGUUUUCCUACCAAAAUCAUAUAACAUAAACCCUAUUUUCAGACUUUCUCCUUUCUUGCGCGAAUCAAAGAAGACGAUCUCAUUCGUAAAUAUCACACAGCCCAUGUUUUGACAAGCUCAGGUCGCCCAAUUCGAGCCACUUCUACUCACCAUUCAAAUCGAAAUACAAUUAGUUAUUGUACAGCCGAAGGACAAUUAAUUGUUGUCACUUUAAAUGGUUUCAAUGAAGAACAUGAGAAACACGAAGAAGUUGUAUUGGGCGAAAAUGGAUUUUUGCAGAGAUUUAUUGGAAGUACGUGUUUUUUUGGGAUGGAAAAUUUGUUAUUUUGAUAGUGUAUAUCAAAACCCAACUUUUCUUAUAAAAAAUAUCCUCAAUUUUUCAGGUCCCGGCUCAAAUUCACGUCUUUUUUCUGAUGCUUGCAUCGUCAAAAACUCAAAAAAUUCCAUAAAUUAUCGAAAAUCUUCGGGAUUUCUAUCAGAUAUUGUUUAUAGUGUGACAAAAGAUGGAAUUGUUCAAGGAUGGAAUGUGGAAACAAAAAGACACACAACUUUUAGCCUUGAUUUAAAACCGCAUUGCUCAUAUUAUACACCAAAAAAUGAUGAGGAAAAAGUGGAAAUUGAUUAUCGAAUUUCGGCAAAAAAUGUGCAAAAUGAAGUUUUAUUAGCGAUUUCGGCGGAAAUUUGCAAGAAUUCGAAUUUAUCUGCGAUUUUUGUGCAUUUGGUCAAAGUAACUAAUAAAGAAAUGAUCCAUUUGGAAGUUUUUGAGAAAAGAGCAGAGGAAAAUGAAAGAGACGAAAGAUUUGUGGAUUUUGGAAUGUUAGAAGUUAGACGAAAUCAAGGAGAAGCCGGAAAAAAUGAACGGGCUUUUGAAGUGACUGUUUUGACGAGGAAUUUGGCGAUGAGCAAGGAUUAUGUGUUGAGAAGGGUUUCUUUGACAAUGUAAGUGAUUUUGGGGAGUGGAAUAUGACCUGGAAACAUCUCUGUAUCAGUCCAAAAAAUUUUUUUGAAACUGGGAAACCAUUUGCCAUUUUCCAGAAACUGGGAAACCCAAAUUGUCCACAAACAAUUCGGAUGGCAUGAAGUUCAGAGAUUUGUGUCGAGUUCGGCGAAUCGAGGAGAUUUUGCGGAGAAACGUGAGUUUCGAUAUUUUAUGACCAAAACAUAAUUGAAAGUCUUAAACUUUUUCACUGGAAUUCAUGAAAAGUCAUCAAUAUUUUUGUGAAACUUCUAAUUAAUCCCUACAUUUUUCAGCUGAAUCUGAUUCGGAACCAAUCUCAAAAUCAUCUUCUUCAAAUCCCUAUAAUCUAUCAACUGAUUCAUCAAUCGAAAGUCUUUCCGAUGUUGUUUUCGACACAGAUCUUCAUUCAUUUGAUGUUGUUCAUCGAGCUGUUCAAAUUGUCACCGACAAUUAUCGAGGUUCUGCCAUUGCUCAUGUUAGAUAUGGAAAUUGGAUGGAUUUGGCGAAACUUGUUGAAACUUAUAUUCUUUCGGUCGAUUUCAAGAUGAAAUUUCAAACGAAGAGUGAGAGAAGUGUGAGGAUGAAAUUGGAUGCACCACAAGAAGCAUUGGUUUUGGCCAAGAAAAGGUGGGGAUUUUAUGUUUGGAUUUGAAAAUUUGGGCUGAAAAAUCGUGCAAAUUAAAAGAUUUUCUUUUCGAAAACAAAAACAAGUUUUUUUCCAAUUCCCCACACUCAAUUUUUCAAUUUCAGCUUUUGGUGGUCUCUUCUCCGAGCUUGCGAAGAACUCGAUUUCGCAGCACGCGGUGUUAUCUCAUUAGCUCCCGUCCAAAUGUUCGAAGAUGUUAUGUUGAUGUUUGUGAUGCAUAAAGAUCGAAUUACAGUAAUCGGUGAUAAUAGUCUGGAGCUAUUCGAAAUUCUGUGCCAAAAUGAUUCGGAAUCGUUUUCGCCCGGCGCAAGUUUGGGACUGGGAGAUGAGAAUUUACCAAAUGAAAAUGUUGUUGGAUUGAUUGAAGAGGCGGCGAAAAUUGCGGAUCAAAGAAUUGAGGCGAUGGUGAGCAAUGGAGUUUUAAGCUAAAUUAGAUGAUUGAAAAUUCUUUAAAAAUUUGAAGGAUCCUCAAAUUCAAAAAAUUCGAAAUUUUUCUCUACAGAAUCACGAGCGAACUCGUUGUGCAAACGCAAGAAACGGAACUUUUUCGGAUGAAGAAGAGAUAUUUGAAAAUGGAUAUGAUUUCGAAAAAGAUGGCCGAAAUCUGGUGGUAAAUCCCAUAUUUGAAGUGUAUUUUAUUCGAUUGGCUAGAGAAUUGAUUGAAUCGGCCAAUUAUGAUUGUUCAAGUUUGGGAGGUGAGAUUUUGAAGGAUUUUUGAUGGAAGAAGUGGAUUUUUCAAUGUUUUUUCUGCAGGUGAUCCAAUUCGCACUCGUUUUGGUGGCACAUUCACCCAAUCUCUCAUCGCUGCUAAUAUUAGGAUUACUGUUGAAAAACGUAUCCAAUUUGCAUUGAUUCUUCGAUCAAUUUUAUCUGCUUUGGAUAAUCAUCGAUCAAAAAAAGUGUAUGUUGGAUUUGGUGAAAUUGAUCAAUUGAGAAUUGAAUUGCGAGAAAUUAUUCGGAUUUAUCGAGAAUUGAUUGAACAAUUGGAUUUGAAAAUUGUGAAGUGAGUUAGAUUUUAGGGAUGUAAAAUUGGAUUUUUAUGAGAUAUUUUCUGUAUUAGAAAUGCAAAAUCUUCCUAAAUUUCCAGAAAUGGCGCCAAAAUGUCUCUAUGCACUUGGCUCACAUCAGAUGACAAAGGAAUGGAUAUGAUUGCACGAGAAGGUGGUGUUGGAUAUGAUAUCACACCGGAACAAAAACAAAUUGGUCUAUCUUAUAAUGCAUUCAUUGGAAUUAUGACUGAAAAUGCAGUUCGCGCACUUUUAUCAACAUCUGAAAUCCUCAUUUUAUUCCGAAGACUUGUCAAUGAAAAACAAUAUCGAAUUUUGCGUGAUAUUCUACAUGGAUAUAUCAAUGAGACCAGAGAAUUGAAACCGGCGAUUAAUUUUUAUUUGGGAAUUGCGUAUUCGGGAACUGAUCAUCCGGGAAAAGCUCUCAAUUCAUUUCAAAGUGUUCAACAGGCAUUUAUUGAUGGAAAUACUGCAUUGAGAAGAGCUGUUUAUUAUUUGUUACCUAGAACUUUUAUUGUGGCACCGAAUGAGGAUCCGAUUGAAAUGUUGGCAUUAUCUGAAUUCUAUCUUACUGUUGUCCGAUUCUUGCAAGAUCAUGGACAUUCGGAAGAAGUUGUCAGUGUUGCAUUGAUGGCAAUUGAAUCGAGCGAAUCGACGAAUGAAGAUAGUGUGCAAGUUAUAUCCAAUACAUUGUUUAAUCAUUUGACACGGCAAAGACAGUGGUUCCAGGCAUUUAAGUUGGUUUUGAGGACGAGUCAGGAACAGGAGACCAGGAGGUAUGUUAUUUUUAAACGUUUAGAAUAUUUUACGAUUUCCUGAACCAUAGAAAAUAUUUUUCUGUUAUUUUUCAAGUGAUUUACUGAUUUGUUAUGUUUCGUCAAAUUAUUCCUUAAUUCUAUUUUUUUAAAAUUUGCACCACGUGGAAAAAUGCUCAUUAACUAAACUUUCAUCUAUUUCAAAAAUAUUUCUUGCAGAGCCUCAAUCCGUGAAUUGCUCAUAUUAAUGUUGUCACAAGGCGAAUGGGAAGCGAUUGCAACAAUGAUUUAUGGAGUUCAUGAACGAGUUGUUGAGGAUUUUUUGAGAGAUGCCGCUUCGAGACAAUCACCAAAUGAAAAACAACAUUUGUAUGAGCUGCUUUAUGCAUUUUAUGUGACGAGAAAGGAUUAUCGAAUGGGUAAGCAUUUGUGGAUUCCUACCCAAAUUUGAUGAUUUUAACCUUGAAAGUAAAUUUUCAGCCGCCUGCGCAAUGUAUGAAUAUGCUAAACAUAUCGAAUCCUCAAAUCAAAUGACAGCUGAAUUAUUGAAAAGAAGAAGAGAUGCAUUGGCUGCUGUUUUGAAUAUGCAAGCUGUUUUGAGUAUUCAACCGGAAGGUAGGAGAUUUCAGUUUAAAAAAAACAGUUUUCACUCCUAGCUUAUCGAGAAAAGUCUCAAUUCGCAUACCUAAAUUUUCCAUAUUUUUUUGCAGAAGACGAUGUUGUCUAUGACGAUUUCGAAGACACAAAUCUCGUUUUUCCCGCUUUUCCCGAAGAAUUGCCUGAAUUUGCAACAACUUCACAGAAAAAUCCAGAAACCCGAGGACGAGUUUUGGAGCGAAUCGAUGAAUCGAUGGGUGAAGAAGAAGAAGAUGGAAAUGUGCACAAAAGACAAAUGAAUUUGGAAGAAAUUGAAGAGGAAGAUAAGGAAAAUAUGCAGGAAGAUGUUCAGAAAGAAGUGGAGGAAAAAUGGGAUUUGAGGAGAAGGCAACAAGUGCUGGUUUUGACUGAGAAACAGUGGGUUUUUUAGAAGAGGAUUUGAGCUAAUAGCACGAAUUUUGUACGAUUUCCAGCGAAAAGUCUGAAAUUAGUAAUAUUAAGCUCAAAAUUUCACAAAAAUCUUUGAAUUUUUAGCUGAAUAUCUUUAUUUUCCUAACAAAAAUGGUGAAAAUUCGGUUUCAAAAAGUUCAGAAUAAUCUUGAAGAUUUGGACCAAAAACCUAGAUUUUUCAAUUUCAAUAUGUUCAAAUAAAGAAGGCAAACCGAAUAUUUCUGCUCAAAAAAUCCCAUUUUUUGCAGAAUUCGAGAUGAAUGGGUGAUUUGUGCUUCCCGUGUCUCAUUAUUAUCAAGUGAACUCUACGACGGAAUCCCUCCAACAAAUCCUCAAGAACUAUUCAAAUCGCUAAUAGACACGUGGCAUUUUGACGCGGCUUUUGAUGUCGCGCGACAAUUCGCGUUGGAUUCGCAAUAUUUGUAUUAUUCGCUGGUAAGAGAAGCAAUUAUGAUUGAUUCGUUUGGAAAUGAAUUGGAUGUUGAAAUGGCUGCGACACAAGCUGGUGGAUGGGUUCGACUAAAUCGACGACAUUGUUUGAUAAUGACAACUUGUGAUGAUCAUUGGGCUGUUGUAAGAGGUUUAAUUGAUGCCGCACGUAGAUCUUGGCCUGAAGAUUCGAGACCGAUGAGAGGAGCCACUGAAGCAUUUUUGAGGUGAUUUUUUAGAAUUCUAAAUUUGAUGGGGUUUUUGGCCUGAAAGAAAUCUAAAUUUUCAAUUUAAAAAAUUGCCUAAUUUUUCUUUUGUAGCUACCAACUCGGAAUUCCAUACUGGCUUCACGAUUUAUUCGAAAACCAUGAUUCAAACGAAUAUUUGAGAUGUUUAUUGGAUUUUGAAAACAUUAAGAUCGCUUUGAGAGUUGUAUUGGAUUUGGUGGAAAAAGAAAGUCAAAAAGUGUCGAAUAAUGGACAAAGAACAUGGUUGCCAUAUCAAGCGAUUGAUGAAGUUAUGCGAAAAAGUGGAGUUUUGGCGAAAAAUGAUAAUGAGGGAGAAGUAUUGAAGGUAGCGAUUUUUUGGGAAUUUUCAUGAAGUUUUGAGUUCUGGAAUUUUCAAGGCUUAGUUUUCACUAGAAAACCAUGGCAAUUUUUCAUUUACAAAUUCAGGCUUAUAAAGUUUUUAUAUAAUUCGGAUGUAUGCUGAUAAAAAUAAUUUUUGUUUUUUCUUCAGGCUAAAAUUAAAUUAAUAUGAUUUUUCCAGCAUGAAAAUGUUUUUUGUAGUGUUUAUGAACAAACGUUUUCAAAUCUUAAUUUAAAAAAUUUUUAUCCCAAUUUUCUUACAGCUCCGCAAAUCGGCCGACGAAAAUUUGACGAAUUAUUUCAAAAAAAUCGAAGCCUUCGAAAAAGCGCAUCAAAUGUCUUUGAAAAUUUCGUCAAAAAAAUUUUAA